AUGCCUCUCACGGGAGAUAGCAGGAAGCCUUCAGAUACCACUCGAGGAGGCAUACUGAGCGGCUGGCUAGGUGGAUCUCCCAACAAUACAGAGGAAGCCAAGACGAACGACGAUACGAUAGAGGGGACGCCUACGAACAGGCUACGCAGAAGACAAACCGGCUCAACGGAGACGACACCCAAAGGAGUUUCGCCAAGUACAUCACGGUUCGCCUUCUUCAGCUCACCCUUCUCCAAGAACACCCCGACCCAAGUCAGCCCACAGCAGGAUGAAGAGUUAUUGUCUUUGAACAUCCAGGAAGCGCUGUUCCCUCCUACAUCUCCGACUCACAGAGACGCCUUCUCGCCUGCAGCCUUCAAAAACCUAGAGGCUACAGCCGUUGGCCUACUAACAAAGUUCCAAACCGCCUAUCAAAGACAAAACGCCGCCUUGAUAGAACUACGAGUCGAAAAGGACGCUCAAAACGAAGAAAAUGAUGAGGCGGACACACGAAUCCAACACCUCAAGGUCCAACUAGAAAACAUGGCAACCAAGGUGGCCGAGCAGGAACAGUCGAUGCAGCAGCUCAUGACUGAACUGAACGCGGAGAAGAAGGCCAGGCAAGAGGAGAGAGCGAUGCGUGAAAGGAAUCGUCCGAUUUCCGAGGGGUCAUCGAUAUCUGAAGAUCUUGGCGCCGAAGAGGACCAGGCCAGGAGGAAGUGGAGAAAGAGCGCGGGAUUCGACACGGACGAAGAGAGUGUUGAGGAUGCCAGCGUUUUCUCGAGGUCACGAAGUCCUACCACCGCCGCACCUAGCGUGUUCGAGGGCAGUAUUUCGGAGGCAUCAGCAACCCCAUCAAAGUCCAAUUCGCUCGGCCCCCCGAGAACCUCACGGCCGCCGCCGACAUCAAAACCGUCGCCACAGCAGGCGAGCGUCUUCCAGAAACUUAUGAGAGGGGUUACAGGCGACGCCGCGAAAGAAGAGGGAGGUGCGACAUCAUGCUCGAACUGUCGCGGGCAGGACCAGCGGGCCGCGUGGGAUACGGUCAGUCUAUUGAAAGACGAGAACCGUGGAUUGAAGCAUCGUGUUGAGGAGCUGGAGACUUGCGUCGACAGUGCGUUGGACGUCGUCAACGGGCUUAGACUUGACUGA